AUCUAACCACCACACCCAGUGCCAACAUGCUGGCCUCAGGGCUCCUUCUGGUGGCUUUGCUCACCUGCUUCACAGUGAUGGUCUUGAUGUCUGCCUGGAGGCAGAGGAGGCUCUGGGGGAAGCUCCCUCCGGGACCCACCCCGCUGCCCCUCAUUGGGAACUACCUGCAGCUGAACACACAGCAGAUGUACAACUCUCUCAUGAAGAUCAGCGAACGCUAUGGCCCCGUGUUCACGGUCCACCUGGGAACGCGACGCAUCGUGGUGCUGUGUGGACAUGAGGCCGUGAAGGAGGCGCUGGUGGACCAGGCUGAGGAAUUCAGCGGGCGAGGCGAGCAGGCCACCUUUGACUGGCUCUUCCAAGGCUACGGCUUGGCGUUCAGCAACGGGGAGCGAGCCAAGCAGCUCAGGCGCUUCUCCAUCACCACACUGCGGGACUUUGGUGUGGGCAAGCGUGGCAUCGAGGAGCGCAUCCAGGAGGAGGCAGGCUUCCUCCUCGAGGCCCUCCGAGACACACAUGGUGAGCCAGGGGAGUGAGGGAAAAGGAGGGGA